GAGCCUCUGUGCCCCCCACUGCAUUUAGCGCUAGAGCUUGGCUGUCCUUCCGUUUUUCGGUGGUAGGAAUUUUGCAUCGGGGCAAAACAUUCUACGUCGGGCGUUAGUCGACCUAGUUCGAUCUGCUUGGGGAUACCGACUCGGUCCAAAAUGGGUGCAACGAGACGAAUUAAGACCAAACGCAGGGUCAGAGACUACGAUCAGGUCCGCUCUGAUCUCGACUCUCCCCGCCACCUGGCUCAGUAUCAGGCUACCAAGGACGCUGAAGACCUGCCGGGAUUGGGCAAGCACUACUGUGUCGAGUGCGCAAAAUGGUUUGAAAGCGAGUUCAAUCUGACAGCCCAUACCAAGGGGAAAAACCACAAACGGAGACUCCGUCUCCUACGCGAAGACCCCCAUACUCAGAAGGUCGCAGAGGCAGCCGUUGGUCUGGGAACAGACAACGGCGUUCGUCCGCAGGCAGAAGUCGAGAUGGAGGAAUAGAAGAAGAUCCACGACAAUCCCUACCUAGCUAUCAUCCUGCUGGCCAGAUUCUCUAUAGGGGACGACCACCGGUGCAGGUCAUACGGUCGAAUCGAAUAAUCAAAUAGGUUUUCCAGCAAAAAUGUUGUUUCAACAAUAUAUCGUCGAGGAGCAUGAAAAAAACCCCGAUCUUGAACAAUCUCUGUCGUCGUCCACAAGUCCAUCUGAUUGGCUGCAUAUGGAGGCGCAUCUCUUGAGAACUUCUUAGCUGUGGAGUGGAUACGACUGUACUAAGUAAACACGUGAGAGGGAAAAAAUCUUUACUCUUGCGUGUGUGUGUGUUUUUUUUCCUUUUCCCGUGGUUGCCGAUAUUCGCCCGACUCGCAGCUGUGGCCUUACUUCCGGUUUGCGGCAGAUGUCGAAACCGCCGCUUCUCGGGCUUACUACAGUGUAAACGACCCGCUUAAGCCGGCGGCCGACCUUUGAAGAAUAAUACUACAUGGUAACUAAUACGGACU